AUGGCGAUUCAGGGUUUGAGUGUCUGCACUGGCCUGAGGGAGCCAUCAGAAGCCCAGAGAGAGCGCCGGUGGAUGUCUGGAGGAGGAGAAAUUUGGUGUGAGUGCCAUUUGAAUAAGGAAUUUAGCACGGCCACUAUUUUGAAUACUAACAGUCCUCUGAUGGCAGACAGCACAGCAUCAGGCCAACCUGACAUGGAAGGAAGCAGUCAGGGAGGUUUGCUGACAGUGCCUGGAGGCCCUGAUCUCCUGGCCUUGCCUGUCUCAUCCCAAAGUGGCAGUGCAAAUAAGCUACAUGAUAAGGGCUCUAAGGACUCUAAAUCCUCCAGCAAGGGCUCCAAGUCUAAGAAGGCUUCCAAAUCGGCAGACAAGGAGGCCAACCCCCAGACCAAGGCUGGGCCUCAUUCCUAUUCCCCCACUACCAUCUCAGGCCACAGCCCUCCCUCGCAGUUGGAUUCUGGGCCUGGUCCAUUUAGUCCAAUGCUAUCUAUUAAUAUCUCAGGAUCUGGGGGCAAUCUGUGCUGCCACCCCGUAUGGAACCUCACCUACCUAACAGGCGAUUACACGAAGGUUCGGGGUUCCGGUCAUGGAUCUCUUCACCUCUCCAGCCAAUGUCCAUCUACCAUGGUUCCUCAGAAGGUUCCCCGCAACAGGGGCAGAAGGGACAGAUGCCCUCCACUGGCCCUGGACUCAGGGACUGCUAUACGUCUUCCUUCCACUUCCACUAUUACCCAGGAUCAUACACAGGGUCAUUGCAUCCAGGGCGGAGAUCAUACUAAUUGCCCCGCAUUGGCCACGUCGGCCAUGGUUUGCGGAUCUUCAGACAUUGUCCGUGGAGAGGCCCUGGAGGAUCCCGCCAGACCAAGCAUCCCUCAGCCAGGGUUUGCUGGAGCACCUGGACCCCCAGUGGCUCCAGAUAACUGCCUGGCACUUGAACGGGAAGGUCUGAGACUGGACAGGUUCUCCGCUAGGGUCAUAGAUACUAUACAGGCAUUCAGGCGACACUCCACAGAUCGUAUUUAUAACCCUACUUGGCGGGUGUUUUGUGAAUGGUGUUCUAAUAGGAUAAUGCCGGUUUCAGCCUUGGUUCCCCAAGUCCUGGAGUUCCCCCAGGAUGGUCUGGAAAAGGGAUUAUCACCCAAUACCCUUAGGCGACAGAAAAGCCCCAAAUCUGAAUGGCUGGACUUGUGUGGAGCUCAGAUUGAGUGGACCAAGGAAAAAUCUAGCAAAAAGAAUGUCUUCCAGGUCACAACAGUUUCAGGAAAUGAGGUCCUUCUUCAAUCAGAUAUUGACUUCAUCAUAUUUGACUGGUUCCGUGCUAUCAAAAACACAAUUGACAGAUUGCCUAAAGAGAAGAGUUACAUAUCAAAGAACAAUGAGCUCAAAAUUCAGAGAUCUUCUAGUUCUGAAUUACUGAGUAUUCAUGCCAACAGUAAGGAACCAAAAACAGAAAAUAGAAAAUCUUUAAUUUUCAGGCUGAACUAUAGCAAGUCUGAUACAAAUGACACAAGCCAAGUUAAGAGCAGAUUAAAGAAGUUUAUCACUCGAAGACCUUCUCUGAAAACUUUGCAAGAAAAGGGAAUCAUUAAAGAUCAGAUUUUUGGUGCUUACCUACACAAUGUGUGUGAACAUGAUGGCUCUACUGUCCCUCGCUUCGUUAAAAUGUGCAUAAAAGCGGUUGAGGAACGAGGUGUGUAUUUUGUGAUCUACAUACAUUCUUAA